UGACAGAAUUCAACGUGGUAUAAAGCCGCUUAUUGCAAAAGCAACAGAAGGAGGAGGACGAUUGUUAUUUGUGAGUGCUAACGUUGUUUAUGGGUAUUUAUAUUUCGAUAAACAAAUCAAUCGAUAUUUGGGAUAGACUCCAGUGGCCUGGAACUGUCUAUUUUUCGCGGAAAAGGGGAACCGUGGAAUCCAGUGAUUUAUCCGAUUAUCAUAACCUAUUUGUAAUAAAAAUAUCAAGAUGUGGCGUGUUACGUUAAUAUCCCUCCUUGUGAUCCUAGGAAUAGUUUUUGAAGCGUCAGCACUCAAAGAAGGAGAAUGCGAGGUUUGUGUAGCAACAGUUAAGAAAUUCGCUGCAACAUUGAGCGAUGAUGUCAAGAAAGACCCGAAAAAAAUUGAGGAUGAGUUCAAGAAAUUCUGCAAGGGUUCGAAAUCCAAAGAGAAUAGAUUUUGUUACUAUUUAGGUGGUUUGGAAGAAUCAGCCACUGGCAUUUUGGGUGAACUGAGCAAACCACUCUCUUGGUCACUGCCAGCUGAUAAAAUCUGCGAGAAACUGAAGAAAAAAGAUGCGCAAAUUUGUGAUCUUAGAUUUGAAAAACAAAUUGAUCUGAACACAGUAGACCUGAAAAAACUGAAAGUCCGUGAUCUCAAGAAAAUCCUCAACGACUGGGACGAGAGCUGUGAGGGUUGCAUCGAAAAAACCGACUUCAUCAAGCGAAUUGAGGAGCUCAAACCACAGUACUCCAGCCCAUCGAAAACCGAACUAUGAAGACUUGAUUAAAUCCAUAAUUCUUUCAUAAUUUCCUCCAUUAGUCUUCUCAUUUCUCUCAUUUAGCUCAAUGUUACAAUUAAUUCAUCCAUAUUAUCAUGAUACAAUCGAAUGCCAGUAUCAGUGUUUAUAAUUAUCGAUUGGCGAGUGAGAAUGCAGAGUGAAAGAAUAAAUCGAGUAUUUAUAAAUAAUAAAAAAUUUCAAAUUUCAUCGUAUUUGAAUUUGUAUAUCAAUUUGUUACAUUUGUAUCCCAAAUGUAUAUUUUUAAUUAAUUAAAAGACACAAUUGAUUAAUUAAA